AUGGCGCUCGUGCCUGCAGCGACGGGCAGCCAUGCCGUGCGCGACCACGUCUGGGUGCACGUCGACAACAAGUCGUUCGCCGUGCAGCUCUUCAAGACGACCGACGGGCCGCUCGGGGACAUCGGCGCAGACUCGAGCACGAACCGCCUCUACGUCAUCACAACAAACAGCAUGCAGCGCCACGUCGUCGACGACCGCGUCCAACUCGUCGGGGCCGAUUGGUUUCGCGACGCAUUCCGCGUCAUGAACCACGGAUCUC